GGCCGCCUUCAGGACCAGUGACUCCGCUAACCGGAUGGGGGUCUGCAACUGUACGGUGUGGGAUGCUUCAUUAUCAUCACACACACAUGCACAAAUCAAUACUGUGACCGAAUGGCAUUAAAUGUCACGGGGUGCAAAUGCGUUUCAUUUCGUCCGUUAAACCAACACGGAUUGUAAAUCACUAUCAGUUGUAUUCAUCAUAUAUAGUGGCAACCCGUGCGCUCUUCAGAUCACCUCCGCACUUCAGCGCGGUUUAUACCGUUUUUUUUUGUCAGCACAAUGAAAGUUACAGUGGAUUUUGAGGAAUGCCUGAAAGAUUCGCCACGUUUCCGGGCCACAAUAGAGGAUGUGGAGGAAGACUUUGGAGAACUGGAGUCAAAACUUGACAAGCUGGUGAAGUUGUGUAUUGGGAUGAUAGACGCCGGAAGAGUUUAUAAUCAGGCCAACAAGCAAUUUGUGAAUGGAAUCCGAGAUCUAGCUUUACAGUCAACCAGAGACGAAGUCAUCGGGUCCAGUUUAGCAGCAUUUUCUGAGACUCUGCAGGAGAUGAACAACUAUCAUACAAUUUUAUUCGAUCAAGCUCAGAGGUCCAUCAGGUCCCAGCUUCAGACUUUUGUGAAGGAAGACUUGAGAAAGUUUAAAGAUGCCAAGAAGCAGUUUGAUAAGGUGAGCGAAGAGAAGGAGGUGGCGCUGGUAAAAAAUGCUCAGGUGCCUCGUAAUAAACUACACGAGGUCGAAGAGGCCACCAACAUCCUGACCACAACACAGAAGUUCUUCCGUAACAUCGCCCUGGACUACGUGCUGCAGAUAAAUGUCCUUCAGUCAAAGAGAAGAUUGGAAAUCCUCAAAUCUAUGCUGGCCUAUAUGAAUGCCAACCUCACCUUUUUCAAUCAAGGACAUGAUUUGUUUAGCCAGCUCCAGCCAUUAAUGAAGCAGCUCAGUGGUCAGCUGGAUCAGCUGGUGGUGGAUUCAGCAAAGGAGAAAAGAGACAUGGAGCAAAAACACUCGUCUAUCCAACAGAAGGCUGCUUUGCAGGAUUUCUCCACUGAAGACUCUAAACUGGAGUAUAAUAUAGACACUGAUAAUGGAAUAGCUAUGGAGGGAUACCUCUUCAAAAGAGCAAGCAAUGCCUUUAAAACCUGGAACAGACGGUGGUUUUCUAUUCAAAACAGUCAGCUGGUUUAUCAGAAGAGGUUCAGGGAUAACCCCACUGUGGUGGUAGAAGAUCUGAGACUCUGCACUGUUAAGCACUGUGAGGACGUGGAGAGACGCUUCUGUUUCGAAGUGCUGUCUCCGUCAAAGAGCUGUAUGAUGCAGGCGGACUCGGAGAAGCUGAGACAGGCCUGGAUCAAAGCUGUGCAGAGCAGCAUUGCCUCGGCCUACAGAGAGAACGAAGACGAAAUUAUUAGUCUCGACAGGCAGUCGUCAGCCUCUCUGGGCAGUCUGGACUCCGGCUGUGAGUCUGUGAAGCUGGUUAAAGGUGAGAGUGCUCUUCAGCGGGUGCUGGCCAUCCCGGGCAAUGAGUUCUGCUGUGACUGUGGCCAGAGUGACCCCCGCUGGGCCAGCAUUAACCUCUGCAUCACCCUCUGCAUCGAGUGCUCGGGCAUUCACAGGAGUUUAGGAGUUCACAAUUCAAAGGUGCGAUCUCUCACACUCGACACAUGGGAGCCAGAACUGCUGAAGUUGAUGUGUGAGCUGGGAAAUGAUGUUAUUAAUCAGAUCUAUGAAGCGCACAGAGAAGAGAAUGGUGGCAAGAAGCCUCAGCCUGGAGAUCCCAGACGGGAAAUUGAAGCCUUUAUUCGUGCUAAGUAUGUAGACAAAAGGUUUGUCCUAAAGCCUACGGAGCAGGAGCAAAUGGAAAAGAUCAUGACGCUGAGGAAACAUGACAAACGCAUGCAGGGAAACAUGGAGUUUCUGCCACCUCGUCCUCCCCCUCCGACACCCAAACUCCGAACUGCCUCCAACGCCUCAGUAGCUUCCCUUAGUGGGCAGGAGGUGCGACGGGAUUCGCUUUUCUGCCCUGAUGAGCUUGAUUCACUGUUUUCCUACUUUGACACAUCCUCAAAGUUGCAAAACUUGAAGAGAGCGGACAGCGGGAUUCAGAACAGUGCAGACGGGAGCAGAGAGAUGUUGGCCUCCACCCCCUCCAGCUCCAGCCUGAGUGAAACAGAUCUUCCAGAGUCAGAGGCGGCAGCAAAUCAGGCCGAGCGUUCUCCUGUGUUCUCCAAGCUGACUAAUUUCUCCGCAGACUCUCUUCUUUACUGGGCGUCGUGUGCAUGCAGCCUUAAAGACAUGGCACAGGCUCUGGCACACGGAGCUGACAUCAACUGGGUCAAUCUAGAAGACAGCAGUCGCACCCCGCUAAUACAAGCAGUACAAGGGGGUUCUCUGAUCAGCUGCGAAUUCCUGCUUCAAAAUGCUGCCUGUGUGGACCAGCAGGACAUUCGUGGCAGAGGACCACUGCAUCAUGCCACCAUUCUGGGCCAUACCGGUCAGGUGUGUUUGUUCCUAAAACGAGGAGCCAAGCAGAACACCGUGGACACUGAUAGCAGAAGCCCGCUGUCCAUUGCAGUGGAGGCUGCAAACGCAGACAUCGUCACUCUGUUACGUUUGGCAAAGAUGAAUGAGGAAAUGAGAGGAUCCGAAGGAGCGUUUGGCCAGGCUGGUCAAUACUCUCUCUCUCAGAGUCACACCGAGCAACAGUAUAAAAAAUGCAUUCAAGAGUUUAUAAGUUUGCACUUACAGGAGUCCUAGACUGGAACGGAUCGUACAUUGUAGACUGGACAAACAUCUUUUAGAUGUCUUUCAAACAUCCAAGCCAUAUUUAUUGUUUCUGAGGCCACGUGUGUGACAUCACCUGCCAGCCAGUAGCCACCAGACAGCACAAAUUCCUAUCUCUUACUACAAAACUCCAAACACUGACAAGUUUUUUAAGUUUCCUAAUUUUGUAGUCAUUUUGUAAAAAGAGUCAUGUUAAAGACUGCACUGGUGCUUGUUUCCUCAACGAUCUCUUGGUCUGUUCUAUUUAAGAAAACACAUGAACAGCACAGAACUUCAAAACUUAAAAAGGUGCUUGCUUGUUCCAGUUAAGCCAAUAUGGUUGCUGUCUCUGUUGUAGCUAGUCUAAAGAAUGUUUUAUGUCCUGGAGUUCGUUCUUCAUUUGAGAUUGUGCCAGAUUGUUUAUUAUGACAACUAAUCACUGACAAAAUUCCCUCAAAAAAGUUCGAUUAAAUCAAUCGAAUCUUAUUUAAGUUAAAUGAGAUUGCUGCAGUAUGUGUGCUUGCGUUCAUUGGGAAGGGCAGAUAUAUCGAUCCUAGAAACUAUUAUCAACAAUGGGGUGAUUCGUUGGCGGCAAAGAUUUUAGUGUAACGAUAUCAUAUAGUUAAUGAGCAAAAUUACAUAAAAGAUGUCAUUGAUAAAACAUUUUAAAAUGGAACUCAAUACAGUCUACUCUGCACACUU